AUGAACUCUGAGAUUGCCUUGCACUGUGCAACUAUGAGCUCGCAGAGGAUCCCGGGAUUGGUUGCCCUGCUGGGCAUGGUCACCUGCAUUUGUGCCUUUCAUCUCACUACUGCCAUUGACAUCCCCUUGGAGGUUGUAGCCCAUUUAAACAUUGAGCAGCUACCCACUAUCACAGCUCAGCCGCCCAGCUCUUUCAUUGCCUUUCCCUUUGAUGAGAGCUAUCCUAUGACUUGUGAAGCCAAAGGAAAUCCGGAGCCAGAGUUCACAUGGACAAAGAACGGACAGGAAUUUUACCCCUCCCUAGACCCCCAGCUGAUGAAAGACGAAGAUUCUGGGACUUUUGUGAUACCCAAUAACGGCAACCUCACUGAAUACCAGGGGACCUAUCGCUGUUACGCUUCAAACAAACUGGGGACUGCCAUAUCUGAGGAGAUAAAGUUUAUUGUGCCCCAUGUUCCCAAGUUUCCAAAAGAAAAGAUUGAUCCCAUUGUGGUUGAAGAGGGUCAGCCUUUUAUUUUAGAGUGUAACCCACCUAAAGGAAUACCUCCUCUACAGAUCUACUGGAUGACUAUUAAUCUCCAACAUAUUGAGCAGGAUGAGAGGGUUUCUAUGGGCUUGAAUGGAGACCUGUACUUCUCAUAUGCAGUGGAGAAGGACAGCAGGAGAGACUACUGCUGUUUCGCUGCCUUCCCCAGGAUACGCACCAUUGUACAAAAGACGGCCAUGUCUCUAAUCGUCAAGACCACCAACGCAAUCCUGGAGAGAAAACCCAGUCUUUUGGUACCCUCUGGUGUCAGAUCAGAGAAAUGGCUGGUCAAAGGAGAGGAUCUGCAGUUGGAGUGCAUUGCGGAGGGAUUCCCCACACCAAAGGUUGAGUGGAUGAAGUUUGGAGACAAACUUCCAGACAAAGCAGAAGUGAAAAACCAUGGUAAACUACUCACCAUACCAAGAGUUGAAGAGGACGACAGUGGGAAGUAUAUGUGCAAGGCCAAGAACCCACAUGGAGAAGUUGUCCAUUACUUCACAGUCACAGUAGAAGAGCCACCAGACUGGAUAUUUAAACCAAAGAGUCAGCUCAGUAUGAUUGGCUCAGAAGUGCUCAUCAAAUGCUCUGCCACCGGGACUCCUCAACCCACCAUAACAUGGAAGGUGAAUGGGUUACCUUUGGAAGAGGUCCCAGCAGCCAAUAGAAAGGAGUUUGAUGAUACUAUUGUCUUGCACAAUGCCAAACCAUCCGACAGUGCAGUGUAUCAGUGUGAGGCCUCCAACAGAUAUGGAACUCUUCUGGCUAAUGCAAAUAUCAUGAUCAUGAACUUGUCACCCAUGAUUUUGACUAAAGAGGAUGAGGAGUACUCUGCUGUGGAAGGAAAGGGGGUGAUCAUGCACUGCAAGGUCUUCAGUUCUCCUCCCUCCACCAUCACCUGGAGCAAGGAUGACUCCUCCAGAUCUGUUGAAGGACCAAGGUUUACCGUUCAUAUGAAUGGAUCGUUAGAGAUCUACAAUGUGCAGAAACAGGACAUGGGACAGUACACAUGUUUCACUAAAAACACAGAGGGAACAUCUGCAAUUGAUGCCAUGCUUGACGUGAAAGAUCCCACCAGGAUAGCUGUGGCCCCAGAGGACCUACAGAUUUUAAUAGGCACUACAGCCCAGCUCUCAUGCCUGGCAGAGUACGACAAGUCCUUUAACAACGACUUUGAGCUCCUAUGGGAAAAAGAUGAUAUGGAGAUAGCCCUCAAUCACACCGACAAUUCUAGGUAUUUUGUGGAGGAGGGUAUCCUGCAGAUCAUGAAUGUGAGCCACGAAGACCAGGGCAUUUAUACAUGUAUGGCUAGAACUCCAGUGGACCAAGACACUGCUUCUGCAUUGCUUAUGGUGCUGGAUGUCCCUGAUGCACCUGAGAAUCUGGUCCUUUCUGAAAUCAAGGGAAGAAGUGUGAAACUGAAAUGGAUCCCUGGAAAUGAUCACAACAGCUCGACCACUGAGUUCAUAAUCGAGUAUGAAGAAAGCCAGUGGGAGCCAGGAAACUGGAAAGAGCUGCUCAGAGUACCCGGAAACCAUGGCUCGGCCACCCUGAAACUUCAUGGCCAUGUCGACUACCGCUUCCGUGUGUCUGGCAUCAACGCUGUUGGAAGGGGCAAUCCCAGCGAGCCCACAGAGAGAUACAAAACCCCUGCGGCAGCCCCUGACAGGAACCCUGAAAAUAUCAAAAUCGAAGGUCAUUUGCCUCACGAAAUGGAUAUCAACUGGGAGCCAUUGUUACCCAUUGAACACAAUGGCCCCGGUCUUGAGUACAAGGUGAGUUACAGGCGACAGGAUAUAGAAGAAGACUGGCAGGAACACAUGGUUAAGAGACAUUCUUUUGUUGUGAAGAAUACUCCCACCUUUGUGCCCUACGAGAUCAAGAUUCAAGCCAAGAACCACCAGGGCUGGGGCCCGGAGCCCAAAAUAGUAACUGGCUACUCAGGAGAGGAUUUUCCUUCCGCUGCUCCCGAUGAUGUAGCUGUAGAGGUGAUGAACAACUCGGUGGUCAAGGUCAGCUGGACGCGUGUGCACAAGGACAAGUUGCAUGGACAUCUGGGAGGCUACAGGGUGAACUGGUGGCAUCUGCGCAGUCUGGCGCAUUCGAAGAAAAGCCAUGGAGAUAAACGCACGCUGGUGUUCCCCGGGGACCACAACCAUGGCCUGGUACCGGGUCUAAUACCCUUCUCUGAGUACAGUCUCAUUGUCAUGACCUUCAACGGGCGGGGCAAUGGGCCCGGCAGCCAUCCUGUCAACUUCAAAACUCCGGAGGGAGUCCCAGAGAAAAAUCCUGUUUUCAGGGUCACAGAUGUUCAGAAACACCUUGUCUCGCUUGCCUGGGCCCCUCCGAUGGAGCCAAAUGGAAUUCUCACUGGAUACCUCCUGGAAUACCAGCUCAUCAAUGACACAGGGGAGGUCGGGACUCUGCGGACAAUAGACAUCAGUAAACCUGACACAACAAAAUGGGUCUUGCAUGACUUGGAACCAGUGAGCAAGUACAAGUUCUACCUGCGCUCCUGCACCACAGUGGGCUGUGGACCUGUUGUCAGCGAAGAGUGUACCACUACCCUUGAAGCACGUCUGGCCAGCAUCCACGGAGGAAUAUCCACCCAGGGCUGGUUUAUCGGGCUGAUGUGUGCCAUCGCUCUCCUCACACUCAUUGUGUUGAUUGCCUGCUUUGUCAACAGAAAUAAAGGAGGGAAGUAUUCCGUAAAAGAAAAAGAAGACCUUCAUCCAGAUGUUGAAUCCCAGGUUAUGAACGAUGACACCUUUUGUGAAUACAGUGACAACGAUGAGAAGCCGCUGAAGGGCAGCCAGGCCUCCCUGAGUGGCAAGAUGAAAGCAGGGGACAGUGGAGACAGCCUCGUGGACUAUGGCGAUGAAGACGGUCAGUUCAACGAGGAUGGCUCCUUCAUUGGGGAGUACGCCGGACGUAAAGAGAAGAGGGUUUCCACGGAGAUCAAAGCCUCCGUUCAAACGCCGGCGUGAGGAGUGGAACCAUCAUCCAUCCUAUCCCCAGAAACCGUUUUCAUCAAAUCUGCCGGGCUGAACAAAUAAAGCAGAGUGGAAAAAAAAGAUCUUAUCCAUACUGAGCAUAAUUCUGUGUGAAUGUAAUAUGUCACUGUCAGCUGCACUGCCCUCCUCAUUUUAUAAAGCUCUGUUUUAUCAAGUUGUAACUGAACGACCAUUACUAAAUACUGUAAAUAUAUAUAUAUAGUAUGUACAUUGUAUAUGUGGAGUGUUUUUUUAUCACUGCAAAGCAAUGGAGGAAUUUGGAGAGCUUGUUUUUUUUUGUAAAUGCAACUACUGUACCGUUUGUAAGAAUGUUUAAAAAAGAAAAACCUUCCUGUUCAUCACAUGCAGCUUUGUCUUCUCCGUCAUCUCACCACAAACAUGUAUCAUGCUGGAAUUGUCAAGUUGGCAUUUUCAUUUCAAGACAUAUAUUUUAUAUUUGAAAUGGAUUCAUUAUAUUUGAUGUGAUAUGUGUAUCAAAGUUGUUAAUUAACUUAUUUUCACUUACGUUUUCAUACCUGUCGGUACCAAGGCAACGGAAACAACAGCUAUAUAGUAGAUGAAAUGGACUAUAAAAAAAUAUUCUGAAUCAUGAUUAUCCUCGAAAUUUAAGGAUGUUAUCCUUUCAAAUUUUAUAAGAGGAUUUGCGGUAAAGCCAGGGGAAAAAUAUAUACAUCACAUGAUCAAGUCAGUACUUUCUGUAACAGUCUAUUUAAGACCACUGGAAUAUUAGUCAGACCAGAUGGGAUGGUUCUUCCAAAUUCGAAUCCAUUGCUAAUUACCUAUAUAAAAUUGUAAUUGAUAACAUAAUCUAGGGUCACAACAUGGCAUCACUUUGGAUUAUACAUUGUCUUUAAAAUGUACAGAAUAUUAGGAUAAACAAUCUAUUCCAAUUUAUUUUCGCUUUUAUUUAUGAGUGGUGUUACUGCACUACAAUUACAGCCAUUAUUAACCAUUAUUAUAGGACUUAACAUGAUCUAACUCGUAAAAUCUUUAAUCUUCUCCAUUGAAUUUGUUGGAAUAAUACAACAAGGAGCCAUAAGUUGUUCAAAAGUGACUGCAAUAUGAUUACAGUGUUGUUGUUUUCUGGUAACUGCAAUGGUUUAUGGAUUUACUUUUUUCACUGCCAAGUUGCUGUUAUCUGGUGUCAUGUAAGUUAUAAUUGUAUACCAUCCCUAGUUACAGUAUAUCGGCAUCAAUGUUACAUCAGUCUUAACAAAAGAGCCUUACUCUUGCAUAUCAUUGUAGUUAUGUCACUCAAACCAUGACUGCUGUGUUGAUUUUCAACAAUGAAUUUAACAUGAUCAACCGAAUUGCAACUUUUUUGUAGAAAUAUAUUGCAUGUGAAGGAUGUUGAUUGGUGUUUUCGAUAUUAUUAAAUUGCUUUACUUUUUUACAUCCUGGCAUUGGUCUAACUACAUAGGCCACAGGCAUUGGUGGA